AUGCUGCCUCCGAGUUCCGACCAAGUUCCUUCCGAGCUUAUGCUCUUGAGGCAGAGCUAUCAGUCCUUUGAUCACGAUUCCCGGACUUCCUAUCCACCACCCUCGGAUCUAGUGCAGAUACCCACCAUUCGUGAUAUCCAAUCGUCACAGGAUGGGUCCGAGCAAACUAGUCCUGUUCAGCUAGCACAAGAUAAAUACGAAAAAACAAACUAUUGGAAAUUUAUUAGAGAAAAGAAAUAUUGGCCAUGGUGGGGGGCACUUGGGCUACUCGCAGUUCUAGUGGUCUUGAUGACUGUCUAUCACAAGAACAUUGUUCAUUGGCUGCAACCAGUCUCUGCCAGAAUUCGCUCAUUAUCAUGGGGGUGGCUAAUACCUGUCCUUGUGCUUAUCACACUGUCCUUCCCACCCCUUUUCGGUCAUGAGAUAGUCAUUGUUCUAUGCGGGGCGGUAUAUGGUUUAUGGAUUGGGUUCGGCAUUGUAGCUGCAGGAACAUUUAUCGGCGAAAUAUUGACCUACUUCGCCUUCCGCACCAUUCUACACCGAAAAGCCAAAAGCGCUGAACGAAAAAACCUUGACUAUGCAGCUCUCGCCCGUAUUACGUGCGAAGGCGGCUUUUGGAUCGUAUUCAUCGUAAGGCUUUCGGUUGUACCAGGUCAUUUUUCCACGGCUGUCUUUGCAGUUUGCCGUGUGAACUUUUGGGCUUUCGCUUUCGCUAGUCUUGUCACUCUGCCGAAACAAUUGAUUAUAGUCUACCUAGGCGUUAUCCUUAGGAAUGAAAACGGGGGAAGACUGAUCAGCAAUAUUGUCCUGGGGGUCACAUUCUUGGUUACCGUUCUUGCUGGUGUGUAUAUCUUGUGGAGGCUAAAUAUUACUCGAAGGGCUAUAGUUUUAGAGGCAGGCCGAAUUAGCGGAAGGACGAACACGAAACUAAGACAGCGAGGCCUGAAAACUGCCGCCCAUGAUAAUAAACACGGAGUGCAAACCGGUCCCGGGACUGCAUGCACAGAUGCCUCGUGUAGAACGUAG